AUGAGUGUAGUUGAGGUGCAUUUGCGUACGCGCUCGAAAUGGCGCGGUGGAGGCAGCAUUGGGAACCAAGAUGGGACCGUCGCAAACUACAGCGACGGGUGCUGCCAGCAAGGAUUUCACCACGCUCCUAGCCACUACGCUCCACCGAAGCGCCUCGAGAGAAGCUGCGUACGCAAUUGCGUACGCAGUUUCUCUCGAGGCGCUUCGGUGGGUAUAUAUCGUGUUUAUCGGGAAGCAGAAUCGAUGCAUACCGAAACUCGUUCGUCACGUAUUCGUGCUGCAAUGUUUCCUGAUAACGAAGCUGGGCCUUCAUCUGAUGUUCCUCUCAGAAGCACUACAAUAGAACUGAUGUCUGCUCCUGCUCGCGAAUUGAAUACAGCAGUAUUAGAUCUGCUUUAUUUUGAAGGUACUACCAACAUCAGUACUCUGCCUGUUCCACACUUUAUUGAUCUUAUGUCCGAUCGCGAUGAGACUGUUGUUGCACGAGCUGUGGAAAGGGUUUACCUUCUUUCCAAAGAGGACAGCAGUCACCAGUACUAG